AUGUCUAUCAACGACUAUCUCAGUAAAACGUACGGCUCAAAUAAUCAUAAGAAGUCGAAACGUAAGAAGGCUGUCAGUCAGAAAAGUCCCAGUUUAGAAAUUGUAGAUUCUUUCCCCAGCACUGACACAGCAAGCAUUACAAGCCAGCAAACUCUGAGGAACGAGUUUGUGUCUCGUUCAGAACCAGGAUCAUCAUCAAUUAAAAAGAAGGGCCUUUGGAAAAAUCUUAGCACGAACGAAGUUUCGGUUCGAACUGCUCAGACGAUGACUAAGAAGGGAUCUUCAUCUCCCAAAAAACAAGUUGGAAUCCAGUCUGCUGAGGACGUUAGACGACACACAGAGGUCAAGGAACUGGAGGCCAAAAAUCUGAUCGGAAAAAACCCCCAAAACGAAGAAACGGUUUACAGAGAUAGUCAGGGCCGAAAAAUUCACAAUUACCAUGAACAUAUGUCACACAAGAUCCAGGAAGAAGAGCAGCGACGAAAGCAAUGGGACCAGGAGCUACGCGACCUAAAUAUGGGAGAAAUACAAAAAAGUGGUAUUUUGGACUCUUUGGGAAACAUCAAAAAAAUGGAUCUCAGCGACACGAAAAGCGAAGAUCCUCUCAAUGCUUUUGAUCCUAUUGCAUCACAGAGCGCUGCUAACGCAUGCCCAAAAUCACCUCUGGGCAGAAAGUUGUACAGUAAAAUUAGCCCCGAAAACAGAUUUGGGAUACAGCCUGGUUGGCGCUGGGAUGGAGUGGACAGGUCAAAUGGUUUCGAACGCAAAUGGUUUGCCAAACAGAACGAACUUAAUGAGAAAACGAUUCAAAGCUUUACGUUGCAAGAGGACGAGUAG